GAAAUAAAUUAUUAUGUCGUUGUCUAGUUUUUUAAAUAAGCAAUUAUUUUAAACAUCUUUUAAUAUUUCUGAUAACGUUUUUUAUUUGCAGUUGUGUCUUUGACAAAUUUUAGAAGUUUAAAAUACUAAUUACUUAUUGAUAGUUUGAUCUUUUAAAUGUUUAUAGUAUAAUAGUUAAAUUCUUUUGAAUUAUAAAAAAAUCUAUCAAAUUAUAAAACAACAUUAACAUUUGAAAAAAAUAUGGGGUCCAAACGAAAAUCUACUGUAAAAAAGAAUAAAAGACUAAAGAAAUUUAAAAAGAAAGUAUAUGAGGAACCAGAAGAUCUAAAGAGAGCACCUCAUUCAUUUGUAAUUCACCGAGGUCAAAUUGGUAAAAGUUUACUACAAUUAGUAAAAGAUUUCAGGAAAGUUAUGGAACCUUUUACUGCAUCUUCAUUGCAGGUUUACAAAAAAAACACCAUAAAAGAUUUUGUUUCUCUUGCGGGUCCUCUUCAUGUAUCACAUUUGGUUGUUUUUACUAGUUCUGAUACUGGUAUCAAUUUUCGAGUGGCAAGACUUCCUCAAGGACCAACUAUGACUUUUAAGUUACAUAAUUAUGUUCUUAGUAAAGAUGUUGUAUCUUCAUUGCAUAAACAAAUGGUGAAUCCUAAGUUAUUUAGCAAUGCUCCAUUGAUAGUUAUGAAUAAUUUCACUGGUGAAGGACUUCAUAUAAAUCUUAUGUCUACUAUGUUUCAAAAUAUGUUUCCAACUAUAAAUAUUACAAAAGUAAAUUUAAAUGAUAUAAGAAGAUGUGUGUUAAUGAACUAUAAUCCUGAUACAAAACUAAUAGAGUUUCGACAUUAUGCAAUUAAAACUGUUCCAGUUGGUUUGUCUAAAGGUGUUAAGAAAAUAGUCCAGAGCAAAGUACCAAAUUUAUCUAAUUACAAUGAUAUUGAUGAAUAUUUACUUAAGCCAGAAUUACUGUCUGAAAGUGAGGUUGAAGAUAACAAAUUAAGUACUGUUGUUAUACCUCAAAAACUAGUAAGUCGAGGUAAUAUUGUUGGUACUCAAUCAUCUAUACGAUUAAGUGAACUAGGUCCACGACUUACCCUUCAAUUAAUUAAAGUAGAAGAUGGUCUUAUGAAUGGUGAUGUUAUGUUUCAUGAAUAUAUCAAAAAGGAUGAUAAAAAUUAAAUAAUUAACAGUUAUAAUAUUUUUAUUUCGGAUCAGCUGUGCAAAAUAACGAUGAUAUUGACGAGUAUGUAAGAUACAGGAUUAGUCGCAGGUGGGUGAUGUUGAGAGAAGCGUCUGAUGUCUUAUGCGACAAAAGAAUUCCAAUGAGGCUGAAAGGUAAACUCUACAAGAUUGUCAUAAAACCAGCAAUGAUGUAUGGUUCAGAGGUGGUUGAUAAGAAAAUAGAGCAGAGAAUAAGUGUAGUAGAGUUGAGAAUGCUUAGUUGGAUGAGUGGAGUGACUAGAGAAGAUAGGAUAAGGAAAAUGAUGAUGAGGAGAGAAAAAUUGGAAGCUGUAUGAACAAUUAUAGAAAUUAAUGUUGAAGGAAGAAGAGGUAGAGGAAGACCAAAAAAGAGAUGGAGGGAUGCUAUUGAAUGCGGUAUGAGGACAGCUGAUGUGAGCGUAGAUGAUGUGGGAGAUCAUGUCAAGUGAAAGUUUAGGAUAAGGGUGGCCGACCCUAAGUAGUUGGGAUUAAGGCGAGGAAGAAGAAGAAGACAACAUAAGUUUUAAGUAAUAAUUUUAGAAUAUAUAAUCUUAUAAAACUAUCAUAAUGAUUGUAUAUAAAAGUUUGAGUAAAAAAA